AGUUUUAAGAAAACUAAAAUUUUAUUAAAAAAAAAAGAGCCCAAAGAAGAAAGACAACUUGUCUACUAGCUUCUUCCCUCCAUAUAGUAACAGAAAAGGAAGCAAAGUCAUAAACAGAACUCAUCAGCUUCCAUUUUCCAUAUCCUGAAUAGCCAAUUUUCUCAAACAAAACCAAGACCAAACCCUUUCGGUACAAGAUGAAUACCUCCGAUCCCAUCUCCGAUGAUCCAAAAACUCCAUUUCUUCCUGUCAGUGAUCCAAUAAUCCAACGCCAGGCAAGCUCCCAUUCAUCAUCUGUAGCAUCCCAGCUUCUCACACCAGGCAACUUCUACAUCCUUCUUGGACCACUUCUAUGCACAAUUAUUUGCCUGUCAGUGAAGCUUGAUGCUCCGGCAACUAGCCGGAAUAUGUUAGGAGUUCUUGCUUGGAUGUUCUCUUGGUGGGUAACUGAGGCUGUGCCUAUGCCAAUCACUUCCAUGACACCAUUGUUUCUGUUCCCUCUAUUUGGAAUUGCUUCUGCCGAUCAUGUUGCAAAAUCUUUUAUGGAUGAUGUGAUUUCCCUUGUUCUUGGUAGCUUUAUCUUGGCUCUUGCUGUUGAGCAUUACAAUAUACACAGGAGAUUGGCCUUAAAUAUAACGCAACUGUUCUGUGGGGAGCCACUGAACCCGCCACUGCUCCUCCUUGGCAUAUGCGCGACAACAGCGUUUGUCAGCAUGUGGAUGCACAAUGUGGCGGCAGCGGUGAUGAUGAUGCCAGUGGCCACCGGCAUCUUACAGAGGCUGCCGCCGAACCAAACUCAAAACAAUGAGUUGAGAAACUUCAGCAAGGCGGUGGUCCUAGGGGUUAUAUACUCUGCGGCUGUUGGGGGGAUGAGCACACUUACCGGGACAGGUGUCAACCUGAUAUUGGUCGGCAUGUGGAAGAGCUAUUUUCCUGAGGCAGAUCCCAUCAGUUUCAACACUUGGUUCUUUUUUGGAUUCCCUUUGGCUUUGAUUAUCUUCUUUGCUCUGUGGGCCAUACUUUGCUUGUUGUAUUGCUCAAGGAGGUCAAGCCGUGAACUUUCUGCUUAUUUGGACAAAGCUCACCUCAAGAGAGAACUUGAAUUGUUAGGUCCAAUGGCUUUUGCUGAGAAGAUGGUUUUAGCCAUAUUCGGGAUGCUAAUAGUUCUAUGGAUGACAAGAAGCAUAACAGAUGACACGCCUGGCUGGGGAGCUCUCUUCAAGGGGCGUGCUGGGGAUGGCACUGCUAGUGUUUUGAUGGCAACCUUUCUGUUCAUAAUCCCAAACAAGAAGCAAAAGGGUGAGAAACUGAUGGACUGGAACAAAUGCAAGAAGCUACCAUGGAACAUAGUGUUACUACUGGGAGCUGGUUUCGCAAUUGCAGAUGGAGUAAGGACUAGUGGCCUUGCUGAUGUGCUAUCAAAAGCCUUAGCCUUCUUAGAAGGUGCUCCAUACUGGGCAAUUGCACCAGCUGUAUGCCUCAUAAGUGCUACAAUCACUGAGUUCACAUCCAACAACUCGACAACCACUCUUGUAGUCCCUCUGCUGAUCCAAAUAGCAAAGACAAUGCGUGUCCACCCUCUCUUGCUGAUGGUUCCCGGAGCAAUCGGAGCCCAGUUUGCUUUCUUGCUUCCAACUGGAACGCCUUCUAACAUUGUUGGGUUCACUACAGGCCAUAUUGAGAUUAAGGAUAUGAUUAAGACUGGUGUACCACUCAAGAUUGCUGGCAUAGCAGCACUCUCUUUUAUAAUGCCUACACUAGGAGCUUAUGUUUUUGGGACAAACGGAGGAGUUCAAAAGAUGUAGAAGUUGAGGAUUGUUGUAUAGAUAAGUGUAUACCUGUGAUCAUCACCUGUAUUCCCCAAUGGUUUUUUUCUUUCUGAGAAAAGAGAAAAAGAAAAAUUGCUGACAACGUGAACACGACAUUGUUGGCAUGAUGAUAAUUGUAUAGAUAAGUGUAGAACUUUGUGAAAGUUGUGCAUUCAAUUUUAAAUGCUAAUUUAUCCCAAAAUAUGAAUAUUAUUUCUGAA